AUGACAGAAAGCAGCCAACAAAGAAGGUCGACCUUUAACAGGUAUAUCGCAGCAGCCGUAGCAAUACUACUGCCAAUACUGCCACAACAAGCGAUACAACAACUUCCACCGGCAGUGCUAGCCGACGUAAAUACAGUAUGCAGGGAGGCAACGUACUUUACAGUUGCUUCCAACCAAUACGUACAAAAGCUACAACAACUGAGCUCUGACCUUACGAGCAGUCAGAUCCAAACAAAAGUGUGGCAGCUCGCUGCGGCGAAAGCGGCGGCCGUCGACAAAAAAGCGUUUUACACGUCGUUAAUCGCCUACGACAACAAACGGCGCAGGGAAGCGGCAAUAACGGCGACCGCAGCCAUACAAGCGGUGACAAGAGCACUAGCAGCGGUCGCAAGGCAGGCCGGCUACUUAAACGGCAGAGAGCACGCAGCGGACCUGUUAGCAGGGGCGGCGCUAGCGGGCGACCCUACACACUCGGGAACCAGAUGCACACAUGCCAUCACACAAACUCCAACAACGUUCUCGACGUGCACAGACGGUUCGCUGGAGGCCGCAGGGUUUACAAACACCGACCUUGACAUCUUCAGAACAACCCACGUCAAGAUUUCCAAGCACUCAGACUUAAAAACGUUAACAAGCACCAGCAAUGUAAUAGCGACGACCACCGGAACAACCUUCACCGGAGCAUCGGCAGGGAAAUGCCAAGACAGCUCAGAAAGCGGCAUAACCGAUGUACAACUUUCACUAAAACUAACCAAAGAAGCAAGCCUCUCAACAGCAGCGUCCAAGCUAAAAAAUCAUGGGACGGCCAGGGACAGCUGCCGGCAGAAACCAGAACAACAACAAGUCGAGGCCAAUGAGGACAAAUUAGAAAGGCUCAUAUGCGAAGCGCAACAGGCAGUGGCAAAAGCAAAACUAGAUAUAACCGGAUUAGACGUGGCAGCACUACAAGCCGACGAAGUAAUGCUAGAAGCCACAAACAACUUGGCGAUGGGCAACGAACGUGUAGGAGACCCGACAAAAAGAGAAGGAAAAGAAGCUGUAGCCAAGAAAAUAGCAGCUCUUGCUGGCGAUCCAACAAACUUUUAUGCAACCUUCGUCAGCGAGCUUAACAAACAAAAAGUAACAUUCAAAAAAGCAGGCAAGACAACUGAAAAGUCGCUAGAGGAUAUAGCAAAGAGCGACGAUUUCGGUAUAGCAGUCAGUUACUUUGAAGGACAAAGUAUGUUAGCGAUAGCCGAUGCAGCCACAAAGACAUGCAAACCACAACUCACUGAAACAGAAGCAACUUGCGCAGCCAGAGGAGCAGGAGAUGAUUGCAAAUCCCCAUGCAAAUUGGUUGAAGAAGAAGGUGGCAAAAAGAAGUGCACAUUGGAUGCAAAAGCAGCUAAAAAACAAGCACAAAACCAAGAAACGGAAGACAAAGAUGACAAAACAACAAGCACCACAGGAAGCAAUUCGUUUCUUAUUACCAAGGCCCCUCUUUUGCUUGCAUAUUUGAUUCUAUGA